UGAGAAGCAAGCGAGCGCGUGAAAUAGCACCUCACGAUAAGAAGAAGAUACUGAGGAUGCCCCGAGGUCCAGCGCGUUGGGUCGACCCGCUCUUUGAAUGGCUGCCCGUCAUAGGCCUCGUUGCGCUGUUCAGCUGGACGUACUACGUCUAUAUGAGCGUUCUCUGCGGCAGCCUGAUCCAGGACGCCGUUUGUCGUGCUCUGCUUUCGGUCGCCUUCCACGUACUGUUCUCGCUUUGCCUCUGGUCCUUCGUCUACACUAUUCUGGCUGGCCCACUGCAGAUUCCUGCAUACUUCAGCCUCAGCACCCACGAGAGGGAACGGCUCGACGCGACCAAGGGUUUCGACGAGCGUCGGCAGUACCUGGAAGAGCUGGGCAACAAGCGGGGAAUCCUCACGCUGGGCAUGGACGGCUGUGUCCGAUACUGUGCCAUAUGCCAGCGCAUCAAACCCGACCGGUGUCACCACUGCUCCUGGUGCAGGAGAUGCGUGCCAAAGAUGGACCACCACUGCCCGUGGUUCAACAACUGCGUCUCCUUCACGAGCCAAAAGUCGUUCCUGUUGACCACGGCAUACGCGUGUCUGCUGGCCGCUUUCACGGCGACCACGUCCGUCAUACACGCCGUCUACUCGUGGUUCAACCCGGGCUUCUCGUUUGCCACAAUCAACGUCAGCGUUCUCGUCAUAGGCGGCAUCUACCUGUCGCUUGGCAUCGGCAGCUUCUUCUACAUUCACCUGGACAACAUGUUCCGCAACGUUACUACGCUCGAGAAAAUGCGCGCGACGAUGUUCCGAGAGCCCGAUGACUCGUUCGACUUGGGCCGCGCCAAGAACGUGGAGCAGGUGUUCGGUCAGUCUAAGCCCCUGUGGGUGUUCCCGUUGUUCACCAGCCUCGGGGACGGCACUCGCUUUCCCACGAAGUUCCACCCCGACCCCGACCACCUGCAGCUGCCCCUGGUUCUUGCUGCGAAGGAUGGGCCUGCUGGAACUCCGGGCGCCCAGUACGCGUGCAGCACGGGUAGCCCACGCAUCGUAGGAACUCCCGAACAGCAGGCGGCUUACGAAGCUCAGCGUCGACAGCAGCUCCGGAUGAAUGGUCUCAGGUUUCACAGCCAUAGCGCCACUGCUCCCGGUACAAACCCAGCAAACGACUUUGUGCAUGCUUUUGACCUUGAUGCUCCGCGAACGUCCACGUUCGCUGUCAUAGCAACGGACAUGCGCACUGUCGGUUUGUCCUCUCCCGCGCCCCCAUCUACGUCGGUCGGCGAGUGCCGUGGAACAGCACGUCCGGCACUGGUUCCCGCCGUUCUUCCUGCGACAAUGGCUCCCGACAAUGGGUUUGCGGUAGCCCGACCCCAGGUGCCAUACAGAGGCCCCUCGCUGGUUGGCCAUACGCAAACAAUCCCCAAGCAUGCCGACUACCCCCGGAUGGCGCCGCUACAGGCACCCGGCACGCCUGCCGCAGCCCAACAAGCGGCGCGACCAUCGGCAGCGCUGCGUUGA